AUGGUUGACUCGGCAGAUCUUCUGAAAUGGUUCGAGACACUGGGCUCUCGUACGCUCGAUCUCGUCGGAGACUACGCUGGGGACGAACGGUUUCUCCUUGAAGGAGACUCGCUUCUUCUCCAGUGCUUCUCGGACAACGCCCUAGACCUUUCGACCGGACUCCAGCUCCUACAUGCCACCUCCCUCGUUGAGAAAUUUCUCGCCAACCUCCGGCAGCGAAAGUGCGUCUUUCACGUCGUCUUCUUUGCAGAACAUGCCCAGGCAUGCGUUCCGGUGGGCGUUUCACAGGAACUGCGGCCGAAGUACCGCUUGGCGAGGGAAGCGAUCGUCCAACAUCUCGUUCAAAACCUUGAAACUUCCCUCCAGGCAAUUGAGAUACAGUGCUUUCCUAGCUAUCAUUCACGGGAAUUCCAAGAAUAUCUCCAUGCGGUUGCUCCAUACUUCCUAAUGUGCCACGACGGAUCGGCGCCCGUGGGUCUGUCACAGGUGCCUGGCGCCAACACUUCCGACAGCGAUGAGAGUGAGAGCGACGGGACGGAUUCGCGGGCGACGGAUCUGAAUAUCGGAGAGGCUGUGCCAGAAUUCUCUCCAACAAAAAUCAUCAUGCGGUCCAUGAUACAUUGGUUCGUCUGCAAUGGAUACAACAUCUCUCUCCUGAACAGCUUGGAGUGUCGAGACACCAAGGUCGUGUCGAUGAUACUCGAGGGAUCGGCGUCCAAGGCUCAGAACCUAAAGCUCCGCGCAAUUGGCGAUCUGCUGAACAACGCCGAUGAGGAUUCGGAGUCAGACUCGCUCGAAUCAGACCACGAGGAGGAUUAUUCCUCGCUUGGCCUGUCGGCUACUACCAGAAAGGCUCAGCAAAGUUUCCUAGCGGAAGAAGAUUUGAUCAGUCGAAUCUCAGAACUGGCGCGAAAUCGUGGCAUGGAGCUGACUCAACGCGAGUGGGCUACGUUGAUUGCACUCGGUUCGAUGUCGCGCGUGCUCCCAUUCAGGCAUAAUGAUAUCGUCGGAGCCCGCGCCAUGUUGAUGCACAUUGCGAUACUAGGCGACUGCAAGCUCUUGGAACGGGCGGUUGUCGUUCCCCGUUGCCAGGCCAGUGAAGCCUUUAUGCGCACGUAUGUGGAAGCUUUAUACGAGAUCCUCACAUCAGAGUUCUGGCAGAACAUGAUUGCGAGGGUACCGUGCAAAUGUGACCUGGGCGACGCCAUUGAUGGACGGCUCUUUCUUGCGACCGCAAAGGCGCUGCAACCACAUAAUGCCCAGGCCUUUGGCUCGUCCACCUUGGAGAAAGUCGAGACGCUCGCAACUGCCCUCGUACGACUUUUCAACCUUGAUGUCCGCCCUAUUGCAGCCCAUUCGCCGAAGUGGUGCGACACAACGGAAUGCAAUGGGCUAGCAUCGUCAACCGAGCAGCCCAGGAAGUCGGGUCAAACCGAGGAAGCCCUUACUGUCCUACCUUUUCACAACCCCGUUAUCGACGCUCAUCUAGAGCCCGUGCGUGUUGUUGUUAGCGGCAAGGCUAGUCCCAGUCCGAGCGGAAGCAUGUCACGCAUAUUCCAAGAGCUGAGCCACUGGCACAACCACAAACGCCCUCUUGACAAUCGACGGAAAAUUACGCUCACUGAGCGGCAGCAAAUGUUUGCCCAUCGUCGCAACCAGCGGUUCAUGACGGAUACGGCACGUUACGCUGCAAGCCUUACAAACGCCGUAGGCGGAUCGUUGACUCCGGAGACCGUCUUCGUCAAAUCGCAGAGCGAGAAAGCGAUGAAACAGCCCCGAGCACCUCAUGCUGGUGGAACACCAUAUUCAAGUACUGCGAGAAAGGAAAACACAUCGACGAAGCACAAAAAGACCGGCAAAGGCACGGUGUCAGUUCGCGACCAGAUAGCCGCUGAACGACAAUCAAAACAGCUCGAGGAAUUCAAUAAGCAUUUUGCUAACUGGCGGACCAGUAUCGAGGGACUGGAACGGGUUCCUGACAACAUCGCGAGAUAUGUAAAAGUGAAGGCACACCUGAAGGCACACCUUACGAACUUGCCAGCGGACAAGGCGAGCGCUCUACGCCCGGAGAUUCUGGCCUACAUGCUGAGCAUUUUGGUCAAUGCCUGGAAAGAAAAGUGUGAUACUAGCGAGCGUCAACACUCCGUUCAUAUUCUGGCUCUCAUCUGGCAGGUAAUUCAGGACAUCGGUCAUCUAAAGAAAGGUGUUACGGAGGACAUUGCAAGAGAAGUCCAACGUACAGUACGAGCAAUUCGGCUCCCACCUAUUGAGAUGCGGAUUGAGGGGACACGGAAGCUGCCAUUCGAAUUUGCGGAGCUCUCUACACGCAACGAUGCUUUUGCGCUUAGAUCAACGCCAACAAAGCUUCAGCUUCUCCAUGCAGGUCCGUAUAUGGAUCGUAGUAUGGGCUCGGCUCCUGAUCUUCGCGUUCGUGCUUUCGAACCAGACAAGUGGCAGCGGGAGGUUUUGGAUCAGAUUGACGCGCGGAAGAGCUUAUUCGUCGUCGCUCCAACAAGCGCGGGAAAGACAUUCAUUUCCUUCUACGCCAUUAAGCAGGUCUUAGAAGACGAUAAUGACGGCGUGUUGGUAUACGUGGCCCCCACCAAGGCGCUCGUCAACCAGAUUGCCGCAGAGGUUCAGGCGAGGUUCUCGAAAUCAUAUGGUAACACUCCAGGAAAGUCCGUCUGGGCAAUUCAUACGCGUGACUAUCGCAUCAACAACCCAACCGGCUGUCAGGUCUUGAUCACUGUCCCUCACAUCCUUCAAAUCAUGCUUCUCGCCCCUUCGAAUGCAAGGUCCUGGUCUCCUCGUGUGAAGCGUAUCAUUUUUGACGAAGUACAUUGUAUUGGUCAAGCAGAAGAUGGUCUCAUCUGGGAGCAGCUCCUUCUUCUCGCCCCAUGUCCGAUCAUCGCUUUGUCCGCAACUAUUGGGAAUCCAGCUAAAUUCAAGGAAUGGCUAGAAAUCACGCAAAAGGCGAACGGACUAGAGUUGAAAAUGAUUGAACAUAAGGCUCGAUACUCCGACCUUAGGAAAUACAUCUACCAUCCGCCAAAGAAUUUCGUGUUCAGUGGACUUCCUACGCCUCCGCUGCUGCCUCCGCUCGGUCUCGACGAAAGCGCAAGCAUGGCAUUUGUUCACCCCGUUGCAAGCUUGAUUGAUCGCUCACGCGGUCUGCCCGAUGAUCUCACUUUGGAGCCGCGCGACUGCUACACUCUUUGGAAAUCCAUGACCAAGCAUGCUACAUCCGCGUUUCCUGUCGAUGCAUCUCUGGACCCUCACAAUGCGUUGCCAAGCAUUAUCAAAAAAGCGGAUGUUAUCGAAUGGGAGUCACUACUCAAACAAGUUCUCCGGAACUGGAUGAACGAUAGCAAUUCACCCUUUCAGAAAGUCGUCAAGGAUCUUUCGAAGAGCAUCUCUAACCAUAAAGCCGUCGAUCUUCAGGUGUCUUCAGGCGAGUUUGAUGGAGCACCAGAGCCUAAAUCAGUCGAGCAAGGUGACCUUUUCGGCACGACGUUACCUCUAAUCUGUGCGCUUCACGAGCAGGGUGCACUGCCAGCUUUGUUCUUCAACUAUGAUCGAAGCAAGUGUGAGAAGAUCUGUUUUCAUCUCCUAGGUCAGUUGGAAGACGCAGAAAAGCGCUGGAAGGCGUCCGAUACAGUAUGGAAGAAGAAAUUACAAAAGUUCAAGGAAUGGAAGAAAUUACAGGAGAAGCAGACGCGCGUUCGUGAACCUAAGAAGCAAAAGGGGAAGAAAAGACGAGACGGCGACGAUGAUGACGGCGAAGAGGAGCGGACAUCCAGAACAGAACAGGCCCGACUCGUGGCAUCGAAGGAAUCGAGCAUGUUCGAAACCUUCAAUCCCAACAACCCGGUCGCGGGAUUUCAUUUUGCAGACGAGAAGAAACUGACGGAUUCUGAAUUCGACGAAUAUGCUACACAACUGCGACAUCGCAAUGUUCCUGAACAAAUGGUCACUGCCCUUAGACGCGGAAUCGGUAUCCACCACUCUGGUCUCAACCGCAAAUACAGACAGGUCUGUGAGAUAUUGUUCCGCAAGGGCUAUCUCCGUAUAGUAAUUGCGACCGGCACAUUGGCCCUGGGUAUCAACAUGCCUUGCAAGACUGUCGUGUUCUCUGGUGACUCCGUCUAUCUCACUGCGCUUGGAUUUCGGCAGGCUGCUGGUCGAGCUGGUCGACGUGGAUUUGACUUUCUCGGUAAUGUGGUCUUCCAGGGCAUUUCACAAGCAAAAGUCUGCCGUCUUCUGAGCUCCAAGUUGCCUGAUCUCAACGGACAUUUUCCGCUCACGACGAGUCUGGUCCUGCGGCUCAUGACUUUGCUUCAUGAAUCCAAGGGCUCCCCGUACGCUGUCAAAGCGAUCAACUCAAUAUUGUCCUGUCCCCGCAUCUACUUGGGAGGCGACGAACCCAAGCAUACAGUUCUUCACCACCUACGCUUUUCAAUCGAGUAUCUCCGGCGCAAUUGGCUGCUCAGUGAGAGAGGCGCUCCGCUGAACUUUUCCGGUACGAUUUCUCACCUGUACUAUACUGGAAACUCGGGGUUCGCCUUUCACGCAUUGCUCAGUGAAGGCUACUUUCAUGCACUCUGCAAAAACUUAUGUGGCCGAGAAAAAGAAACGCUGCGGACGCUCAUGCUAGUUCUGUCACACCUAUUCGGUCGCUACAAUCUCCCGCCUAGCGUUUUGGAGAACCGGCAAUCACGAGAUAAAUCCACCUCUGUCGUGGUCUUGCCAGCUCUCCCAAAGACUGCCGCGCGGAUUCUCCGUUCGAGUAAUCAGAAAACGUUGGGCAUCUAUUCGGCCUAUGUCAAAACAUUUGUCGACCAGCAUAUCACCGAAGCGGAUUGCACCCUCCCUUUAACCCAGAUCAAGUGUGGUGGAGACAAGCCUGCAAGGGAGAUCAGUACCUCACCCUCCUUCCUUGCACCAACACGGGUCACCUCCGCCUUUGCCGCACUAUCCGGCCAUCGCGACGAAUGGAACACUAUCCACGAGCUCUGCACCCGUAUCCGCAGCGGCGUUUGGCUCGAACAGUCCGUAAUUCCACAUCUCCAGAUCUCGCCUGAGAAGGACGGCCCAGCCCCUCUGAACGCAUACCUGUAUGACUUUUACAAGCAUGCGAACGUCCACGCUCUCCAGACGGAGAAUAAGAUUCGCAGUGGAGACCUCUGGUUCGUGUUAAAUGAUUUUUCCCUUGUUCUCGCGACGAUUGUUACGAGCUUGGAGAAUUUCAUGAAGCUCACCCCAGGAAUGGACACUGAUCUCUUGGAUUCCAUGGGGGGUGCAGAUGCUUCAGAUGAUGAGCUCGAUGCGGGUGCUGGAUCCAAGCCGGUGAAUCUGCCUCUGCGCGGCCAGCCGGAUGCAAAGGCGGGCGUUGCGAUGGCGAAACAGCGGAAGCAGUCAAAGGUAGCGGACAGCUGGGAUGAUGAUCUGAGCGACAACAGUGACAAAAAAUUCAGCACAGCACCCGGGCACAUCAACCACGCUGCGGAGUCGCUUGACGAGAAAUCCAAGCAGCAGUUCCGCGGUCCAAGCCAUGACAGACGCAGCAACGAGGCAGAUGAUUUUCUCGAAGGCGAAGGGCUCCUUCAGGUUCUCAGGGCGUUCAAAAUGCUCCAGAAGGAGUUUAAUGACAGGUUUAGGGCCAUUUGGGCGUAA